UCACACAACAACGACGCCCAUCUUCCCUUGCCUUUCUCACACGCACACAACCAUCCACCCCCUUCCCGUUUAAAAGCGAGCCCAUCAAUUCGAUCUUCAUCAUCCUCGACCAGUAGUGACUAGUGAGUCAGUGACUAGCACCAGCAGCAGCAGCAGCCAUGGUCAAGACGUUCGCCCUCGCCUCCCUCUUCUUCGCCGGCAGCCGUGUGGACGCCACCGCCGGGAGCCUGUCGUCUCCUCCGUCCAUAUCAGCUGCGUCCUCCCGCAGCAUGGCCGCCUCGUGGCAAUGGCCCUCCUGCGCGCAGGCCAGGACCGCGUCCUUCGACGGCCGCAGCAGCGUGGUGGCGGAGGCGGCGGCGUCGUCGGCGCGCCGGGACUGCUGCAGGACGACCCGCGUGAUCACGAACCCGGCCUACUGCGACGACGACACGGCCAACAUUUCUUUCCUCUCCGCCACGGGCUCGUCCUCGGCUUCCACCGCGGCGCCAGAGCCGGAGCUCUCGCGGGCACGCGAGGCCGAGGAGGCGGUCAUCCGCGGGGUCCGGGCGUCGAGCCGGCUCUUCUUCGAGCCCGAGGCGACGAAAUCCAUCGUGAUGACGAGCAAGCCGGUGGCGGAUCAGGCGGCGUUCCGCGGGGCGACGGCGCUGGCCAUCGACUCGGCGGACCCGUACGGUGACUUCCGGCGGUCCAUGGAGGAGAUGGUACUGAGCCGCGGCGGCGGCAGGGGCGACGACGACUGGGGGUGGCUGGAGGAGAUGCUGGGGUGGUACCUCCGCGCCAACGGCAAGAAGACCCAUGGCCUCAUCGUCUGCGCCUUCGUCGACCUGCUCGUCGGGCUCUCCGCAGUCAACAACAAGGACGGCGGCCGGUGCUAGCUAGUUGGCGAGUAUGCGAGCGCGCAAUGCGAUUGCUUACGGAAGAAACAGUGCCAUGCCAUUGCCAUUGGUGGCAUCAGCUAGCGAUUCGGUCGAGAUGGAUUGAGCGAGAGGCGUAGGCUGUGUUGUGUAGUAUACUCCCUCCGUUCCUAAAUAUUUGUCUUUCUAGAGAUUUCAACCAGUGACUACAUACGGAGCAAAAUGAGUUAAUCUACACUCUAAACUAUGUCUAUAUACAUCCGUAUGUGAUAGCCCAUUUGAAAUCUCUAAAAAGACAAUUAUUUAGAAACGGAGAGAGUACUUGAUUGAAUUAUAUGUAGAUGUUGAUAGUUGAAUUAUUCGAAGAUUGCAAAUA